CGUGAUUCCCCGCCGUACCCCAUAUUUGGGUGCCUACGUAAGAGAGAAUCAAGUCCAUGUCCCACUCAUUUCCAUAAUUCAUCAUAAAUUGUGCAAGGGUGCUAUAGGACGCACUAAGCCAUAAGAGCCACAAAUCAAGAACGCAGGUUUAUGCUGUUUGCUUUCCACAACAAUCAUCAUAAAAGCAACAAAACCUACAAACGGAGGAACUGUCAACAAAUGAGCUCCUAUUUUGUGAACUCAUUCUGCGGUCGCUAUCCCAAUGGCGCGGACUUCCAGUUACAUAAUUAUGGAGACCACAGCACAGCAAACGAGCAAUACAGAGACUCAGCGGCCAUGCAUUCCAGCAGGUACGGCUAUGGAUACAACGGGAUGGACCUGACAGUCGGACGGGGCGCCGGAGGACACUUUGUGGGCGGCGAGCGCGCGACGGGCUACUCCCCGAGUCACUCGGCGGCGACGGCAGCCUCGGUGGAGCCCGUGAGAUACAGCCACGGUCAGUCCACCGGCAGCGCUGGGAACUCUUCUCUGUCACCCCCGCCUGACCCUCUCCCGUGCUCGUCGGUCGCCAGCUCGCCCCCGGUCACCGAGGCGCAAUCCCAACACAGAUCCGCCAAGAACUCCGCGGCCGCCCCGUGCGCCAGCUCCAACGGCGGCGCGCUGCUGCUUUCUCGGGACUGUGUGUCCAAAGCUUCCCCCCUGGAGGAAGAGAAGGCGGCGGGAAGCGCACCAUCAACUCCCCAGAAUGCCAGCGACUCAGCACAGCCCCAGAUAUACCCGUGGAUGAGGAAACUCCACAUCAGCCACGAUCUCUCCGGACCUGAGGGGAAACGGGCCAGAACCGCGUACACCCGGUACCAGACCCUGGAGCUGGAGAAAGAGUUCCACUUUAACCGGUACCUGACCCGCAGACGGAGGAUCGAGAUCGCGCACGCCCUCUGCCUCUCAGAGAGACAGAUCAAAAUCUGGUUUCAGAACCGCAGGAUGAAGUGGAAGAAGGACAAUAAGCUGAAGAGCAUGAGCAUGGCGGCUGCAGGCGGGGGAGCCUACAGGCCGUGAUCUCCCUCCAGAUAACGAAGAGCACGUACGACAUACAUAAAUAAAUAAAGAAAAGUGCAAAAAAAUUUUAAAAAAUUGCCAUAUCAACUUUUCUUUCACUUUUGAAGAAAAAAAAGACUUGUUGACUGUGCGUCCGGGGCGAGGGGCACCUCUCCAUGUCCAGAAAAAGUCCCCAUUAUAUUCCUAAAUAUAAUUUUCUUUAAAACCUUCAUCGUGUUAAUGCUUAUGUGGAUUAUGUACAGUAUUGUCUAGUUUUAGGGAAAAAGAAACAUGAUUUUUUAAAUUAUUACAAUUAUUUUUGUCCAGGCUGGAAAAAAACACAGUUGGCGCAAACACUUGCAGAUAUUUCUGUCUCGACAGAGAGUUUGUGUUCAGCCUGGAUUUCUCUGUAUGUACUGUAAAAAAAUGUGUGUAUUUAUUGGUUUGAUGUAUUGUACAAACUUGCCAGAAAAUCAGCUUCCAGAAGUAGAACCAGCAUCAAAAAAGCCUUUGUGUGGUAGUCGCUGUGCGCACAUGUGUGGGCAGAGGUGCAUGCCGCCUCACCCUUGUGUGUACAGUAGCUGUGCCUUGUUUUCUUUGUUUUCCCAGCAGCUUUGUGUUUGAGGUGUUCACCUGGGCGCAGCAUCUUAGUAAAGAAACGUGCUUUUGUCUCGCUGUUUUCUGUGUGGACGGUCCCACGGUAAAUCCCUGUGCCUGUGCGUAAAACUUCAUCGUGCCAAGCUUUCUUUUUGGAAAAUGUUUUCUUUUUUUGUUCCCUCUUGAAGACUGGAAGUCAAAAUAUGCUAUAAGAAUAAAGAUGGCGGCGAUAAUAAAGUUUUUACUGGAAUGAAAA